AUGAGACACUGUUCGCAACGUGUCUUUGCACGAACACCUGUUCGCACAGCGGUGACUGUCUCCCAGCCCCCACGCAUGUAUCGGCGCUCAUGAGCCUUCUCGAAACUCGACAAGCCCGCUCGCAGGAUCUCGAAUCUGGCUGAGCUAUGCGACCAAGCAAUGCCCACGAUUGGCGCAUCACUCCGCAAACGGGCGGCAUUCCUGCUCCUAUGCAUAUCCACGACCGCUCUGGCCCAGGCGGCGAAUGAUAGCGUGACGAACUACAGCGUUACACGACAUGACAAUUCUGCUGCUCCUUCACAACCAACACCCUUUACUCGCUCCUACGCCGAUAACGACACGAUCUGCUCGUACCGUACGAUAAACUAUAUUACGCACACCCUACCACAGCAAUGUCUAAAGACCAGUUGGUCGGAUCGAAUCGCUACAAUUUCCACGAAUGCAACACCGCCAGCAGCAGACUCGCCUUCGACCCCGCAAACAUCGGUCUCGACUGCGAAGGAAGGAGCUGGAAGCAGAACAAAUGAGAGCACAGGGAGUUCUACUGCUACAUCUGCCUCUCCAGCGGAAGGUACAGGCCUAGACGAGGGUGCGGUUGGCGGUAGUACUGCAAGCACAGAGCCUGAUACCGAGUUGGAGACGGACUCGCCAUUUGAUAACGCCAAUUUCCUUUCCUUUGACGAGUGGAAAAAAAGAAACCUAGCGCAAGCUGGUCAGUCGCCUGAUAGUGUCGGGCAAGGCCGAGCUGCGUCUGCAGAGCAAGGCCCUAGGAGACGUCCGGUCAACGUCAAUGCCCUGGACUCCUUGGGCGAGGAAGCAGAGAUCGACAUUGACUUCACUGGAUUCGGGGAUCUAUCUGAGGGCAGCUCUAUCGGCAGCGACAUUGCUUCAAGGGCUGUAGGGGGUGAAGCCGCAAAGCCCACCAGAGAAACAGACAAACCUGGCUCGGGCUCCUGGGCGCUCAGCAAAGAUGCUGGAAAGACGUGUAAAGAGCGCUUCAACUAUGCUUCCUUCGACUGCGCAGCGAACAUUCUUAAGACGAACAAGAAAGCAAAGGGCUCUUCAGCUGUAUUGUCAGAGCAUAAGGAUAGCUACAUGCUGAACGAGUGCUCUGUCGACAAUAAGUUCUUAAUCGUCGAGCUUUGUGACGACAUCCUAGUUGAUACAGUUGUCCUUGCCAACUACGAGUUCUUCUCGUCCAUGUUCCGCCACUUCCGUAUCAGCGUUUCCGACCGAUACCCCGUCAAGAUGGAGAGGUGGCGCACGCUGGCUACCUUUGAGGCUCGCAACUCACGCGACAUCCAGCCUUUCUUGAUUACAGAGCCCCAGAUUUGGGCUCGCUACCUGCGUAUCGAGUUUUUGACUCAAUAUGGCAAUGAGUUCUAUUGUCCAUUGAGUUUGCUGCGAGUACAUGGCACGACCAUGAUGGAGCAGUUCAGGCGCGAAGAAGAGGAAGCUCGCGGCGGAGACGAUGAUGCCGAGUCGAUCGAAGAGGAGGAAGAUGUGGUUAAGCCUGCCGAUGGCAGUGGGCCAAUACCAGCAGAUCGAGUCCCUGUCAUACUGGCGAAGGAAGUGCUCCUGGUCUCGACAGAGACAGCUCCUGCGGAAAGCAAGUCACAACCGACCAUUCCCCCUAACAAUCAGCCAGCUACCAGUCAGGCUGUGUCUCACUCCACAAUGACCGGUGGACCAUCAGCUUCUGGGCAAGUCUCAACACCGUCAAUCAACAGUCAAUCGAUUGUCACCUCUGUGAGCGUCCCCACAAACCACUCAACAAACGGUUCGUCUCUCACGUUAUCUACGCCAGGUAGUAGCGAAGAGAGUGAGACCAGCGUGCAGGAGCGAAGGGCUAGCGUCACCGCUGCCGCCUCACAACUUAGCCAGACAGGUGUGUCGAGUCAAAGUCCUGCCCCGGUUAAACCGCCUACAACCUCUGGAGCAUCCUCUAUUCGCUCGUCUGGCUCCGACGCAGCACCAUCGUCCGCAAAUCAUCCGUCGGUAAAACCAUCGAACAACAGUACCGCAGCGAAUCCUUCUGUCGCAUCACAAUCUCGAUCUUCGCCUACACACCCAAAUGCCGCUGCACCAUCUACCCAAGAGUCUUUUUUCAAGUCAAUCCACAAACGCCUGCAGUAUCUCGAGGCUAACAGCACGCUAUCACUGCAGUACAUCGAGGAACAGUCGCGCAUCUUGAGGGAUGCUUUCAUCAAGGUUGAGAAGAAGCAGCUAGCAAAGACGGAGAAGUUUCUCGAGUAUAUGAACACCACAGUCAUCACGGAGCUCAAGCAUUAUCGAAAUCUGUACGAACAGCUCUGGCAGAGCACCGUUAUUGAGAUUGAAGGUAUCAAGGAAAGACAGAAUAAAGAUAUGGGAGAAAUCGGCGCCAGGCUCAGCAUGAUGGCUGAUGAAUUUGUGUGGCAGAAGAGAAUGGCUGUUGUUCAGUCAACGCUACUGCUCCUCUGCUUAGGCUUAGUUCUGUUCGCCAGGUCGGGAACCAUGGGAGCUGCUGCAGACAUGCCUAUCGUGCAGCAACUGGGAACCAAGUACUCUAGCUUCUUUGACUCUCCGCCACCACAACGAGGACCUCCAGAGACUGGUGUAGACAGGCGCAGGCGAACGUUCAAGAACAUGUGGCGCAGUGACACUUCAGCUGGAUUGAGCGACAGGAGCGGCCCAGGACGCAGCAUCAUCUCAGACAUGGACAGCGACGACGCAAGGAGUCCUGUGCAGAUCGAGUACAGUCCACCGACGCCAAACACACCUGGCGGUCUCCAGGCUGACCAGUCUAUGAUCGCUUCUCAGUCCGGAUCCUCACCCCCAUAUGUCAACGGUAUCGAAGACGUUGAUUCAGACGCUGAUCCAGCAAUUCCUAGAAAGGUCCCGGACAUCACUCCUGAAGACCAAGCCAAGCGCAUUCAGGUGCUAGCUACACAAUCUGGCCCUGCAACUCCCAAUGGUACACGAGACAGCAGGCCAUCGUGGGAAGAGGUCGACCGUGCAAUUGACCAGCUCAAGGCGGAAGAGCAGGAUCAGCCGGUGGCGCAGAAAGAGGUUCGAGUCAAGGGCAAGGCCAGGUCGCCGCUGAGAAGAGCGCAGAGCAGCUACGAUGGCGGCGCAGACGACAGUUCGCCCGUUGAUAGCGGCAACGAAUUGUUCAGCAAUUGAUGUGGAGUGCGGCUCUGCUUUAGCAGCGCGUGGCGGCGUUCGAGUAGUCUAUGAUGCAUUGAUGGGACCGGCGUUUUGGGGCAAAGUACUGUUUCGGCUACAUGCACAUACCCCUUCACUAUUUGGUCUAGGACGACAUUGUGCUAGUAUUGGAACUAAGGUGUCUUUCUGUAUUAACGUUCACUCCAAUGCGACUGAAUGGUAUAAGGCAAC